AUGGCGCAAGUAAAUGGGCACUGCGAUGCACAGUUUCAGAGCGUACGGGAUGCGUUUUCCAAACACAUCCUGUCUGGCGAGGAGCACGGUGGCUCUCUCGCCGUCAAUAUAGAUGGAAGAGACGUAAUCAGCCUCUGGGGGGGAUACGCUGAUGCAGCACGAACCAAGCCCUGGAACGAGGACACUAUCGUAAACAUAUGGGCAAACACCAAAAUUGUCUGCGCCUUAGCCAUGCUCAAGCUUGUCGAUCGUGGCCUAGUAUCUCUGAACGAUAGGGUGGCUAAAUUCUGGCCAGAAUUUGCAGCGAAUGGUAAAGAGAAAAUCGAGAUUCGUCAUCUCCUGUCGCAUAGUUCCGGAGUUGCUGGAUGGGAUCACCCGAUGACGCUCGAGGCUAUGUGCGACAUUGAAAGCUCCACGGCUGAAUUAGCAAAACAGGCUCCGUGGUGGGAGCCAGGAACGGCUUCGGGGUAUCACUGCUGGACCUACGGCCAUCUGAUUGGUGAAGUCAUAAGACGUGUGACAGGGGCUCGACUGAAGGAGUUCGUGGCCAACGAGUUGUGUGAGCCGGUUGGCGCCGACUUACAAAUCGGAAUAAAGGAGAAGGACUGGGGACGGGUAGCGGAACUCGUGCCAGUUCCCAGUCUUACGGACUUUCCGGCCUGGGCGCCGAACUCUAUUCCUGAAAGGGUUUUCAACCCAUUGGCAAACCCGUCCUUCGCGAAUGAAUCUAUAUGGAGACAGGCAGAAUUAGGCUCUGUGAACGGACAUGGGAACGCGCAGGCGUGCACGCGCUUGCUCUCGGCCUGGACUCUUGCAGGACAUGGUUCUGAUUUUGUGUCAAAGGAUACAGCGUCUUUGAUUUUCGAAGAGCAGGUCAGAGGGGUUGAUUUAUUCAAUGGAAUGUAUCUGCGAAUGGGUUGCGGAGCAAUGUCUCUACGGGGAGAUGGUGACACAGCAGUAGACCAGUGGCUUCCAGCCGGCCGCGUUUGUCAAUGGGGCGGAUGGGGUGGCUCGAAGCAUGUCAUGGACCUGGACCGAAGACUGACAUUUUCGUACGUCAUGAACAAAAUGCGGACGGAAGGGCCAGUGACUCCGCUAGUUCGGGAACUUCUAAAGGAAACAUAUAAGGCGCUGGGGAUUGAGAUCUAG